AUGCAGGUGAUUGUGAAGCCUUCACAGAGGUUCCUGGACACUUUGAAAGGACUCAGGGAAGAAGGUAUCUCAGAUGAAUCCCUCAGAGAUGCUGUCAGGAUGUUGAAGAAGGGUAAAAUAGAUACAAUAGAGCUUACCUAUGAACAUUUGAAGAACUGUUCAAAAUUGCUACCAGAUGGAGUUUCCCUCCAUACACUGAUUGAGGAAUCCAUGGUAGUGCUACCACGGCCAUAUAUUCCUCCACGUAAUCCUGAACUUGAAAAACGAAUACAGAGGUUGCGUAAAGAGCAGGAGAAUCGCCAAUAUCAGGAAAUGACAAAAAACCUCACAUUUUCUCGUCAGAAGCCCCAGCAAGACACUAUUGGAUUCCAGAUGCGGGAGCUGAAUGCCCAGAUCAUCUCUGUGGCCCAGUUCAUAGUGACAGUUGGAGGGGCAUUUGUGUUUGUCUAUAAAGCAAUGGAAUAUGGAUUGCCUACCCCAUACAUUCCAGGACAGGUGCUUGCUGGUAUAUUUGCUGCAAUUAUCGUGGCUGUGGCUGAACUGUAUUUCCUCAUGAAGGAGAUUGCCCAUUCUGAUCGUGCCAUCAAGUGAUCUGGCUUAUUAUGGCCUAUAGCUCUUUUACUCUGAUCAUCAAGCUAGAAAUGAGAAAUUUAUAACAUAUGAUCAAUGAAUAAUAAAUUUGUGUAUGAACAAUCA